GAAGCACAGCACAGCACAGCAUACACGGGCCUUGAGAAGUGCAGCGUUGUGUCACUUCUCGCCGCUGCUGUCCGUGAAGCGUGGAGUCAGUCGGCCUUACUCUGAUUCUUUCCUCAGUGUCUGUUCAGCAUUUGAACUCAGUGUGGGCUGUCUGUGAUGAGUUUUCUAUCAGCAUAUGGACUCAUUGUGUGCUGUACUGAAUGUUUAAUGUAACGCUCAGUAUCUAACUUUCAUAUGUGCUGAGUGUAUCUAACAGCAUCUAGACUCGUAUGCUGUCCAGUGCUUAGUGGUUCUGUCAGCAUCUGGAUUCCUGUGUGCUGUGCUGUGCUGAGUCUGUCUUAUCAGCAUCUGUACUCCUCGUGUGCUGACCUAGUGCUGAGUGUAUCUUUCUCACGACAGUAUCCGCUCUCAGGACAUUGCGUAUAGUUGCAUUGUCCGUAUAUGUGUGUUGGUCCUGCGACUCUUGGCCCAGAAAAUAUUGGGGAGUGUUCAAGUGUUCCCUGUAAGGCUAUUUUCUCCCUCGUUUUCGUGCCUGUUUGUGGAGGAUUAUUGCUACUGUCGCCACAAUGAGCAGGGAAGACAUGCUCCGCCCUAGGUCAGCCAGCAGUGGAAGCGAAAUGAAGAAACAUCCACCCCUUUACGCCACAUACUCUGACCCUUUAUCCUGGGUUGAGGGUCCAAGCAACUCGCGGGGACGCAGGAUGGACCGGCUCAGGCGAAGUUUCCGUGAGAGUUUCCGGAAGAAGAAGGACCACCACGUCACCGAGGCCUCCAAGCCGCACCAAUGGCAGACGGACGAAGCUUCGGUCAGGGCGGGCACCUGCUCCUUCCCUGUCAAGUACCUGGGCUGCGUGGAGGUGUUUGAGUCGAGAGGGAUGCAGGUGUGUGAGGAAGCCUUGAAGGUGCUCAGGAACUCUCGCCGACGUCCCCUCCGAGGGAUGCUGUAUGUGUCUGGGGACGGGCUGAGGGUUGUCGAUGAUGAGACCAAAGGUUUGAUUGUGGACCAAACGAUAGAGAAGGUAUCUUUUUGUGCUCCUGACCGCAACCAUGAAAAAGGAUUCUCAUACAUAUGCCGCGACGGUACAACACGACGAUGGAUGUGUCAUGGAUUCUAUGCCGUCAAGGAAACGCAGGGCGAGAGGCUGAGCCAUGCUGUGGGCUGUGCCUUUGCUGCCUGCUUGGAGCGCAAGCAAAAGAGGGACAAGGAGUGUGGGGUCACCAUGUCCUUUGACCCGGCCACGUCUGCCUUCACCCGCAGUGGCUCCUUCAGACAGAUGACAGUAACCGAGAGACUCUCGGACCCCCAGGAGUGGAAGCCUAUUGGUAAGCCUCAAGUCCCCGAUCCUGUGCCAGUGAAGAAGGUGGAGAACCCUCAUGCCAUCGCCAGGCCUCAUGCCACGCCCCUAAUGCUGCAGCGGCAGGGCUCCUUCAGGGUGUUCCAGCACCUCAACCAGUCCCCCUUCAAGAGGCAGUUGUCGCUGAGGCUCAAUGACCUGCCGUCAAACCUGGAGAGGACUCGCUCCAUGUCCCUCGACAACACUGCCACUAACAACACCAACGUGGCUGCGGCCAUCAUCAACAACAACACCCAGCCCCCCCCAGAGAGUCCCCAGCCCCCUCCACGCACUCACAGGAAUAGACUCCACUCGCUACCAAAUGCAGUUAACAUGACCCCCAUCCCUGAGAGCUCCCCAGUAGUGGAGAACAAGCAAGGGGAUGCAGUGUCCGCCAUGUGUCAGGAGCUGUCAGCCGGCCUCUCCCUCCUAUCCAACUUCACGGAUCCUUUCUCCUCCCCUGAGGCGACCACCUCCCCGGCCCACUCCAUCGCCACCACCACUGCCGUCACCACCACCAGCACCACCCUCACCAGCUACACCAACACAGCUGGAACUGUCACAGCCAGCCAACACAUCAUUCCUCCCACCUCACAAGUGUUGCUACCAUCAGUUGAGCCCAUUCGUGAGGAGAACCCCUGGACAGCACCCGAGGUUAAUGGCCACACCACUGAGGGGAAAUCCCUAGGGGAGGAGUGGCUCUCUCAGAUCAAUCCCCAGGCCAAGAUCAUCAAUGGUACUUCCUCUCCACCCAUUGGUCCUCAGUCGACAGUCACUGCUGCCAACGCCACCACGGCCGCUGCCCCACCGCGCCACAACCCUCCACCCAUGGCCCAGCUGAGGUCUGUCUCCCUAGGGGUCACACCAACCUACAUGGGCAACAGUAGAAACACGAUUGGCUCCUCCUGGACCAACUCUAAUGGCACUGGAGGGCCUGGCACUGUGCCCCCAGCAGGCCCGACGGGAUCUGAUCCUUUUGAAGCUGAGUGGGCGGCUCUGGCAACAAGAAACAUCAAUCCCAACAAUCCUUUCCUUCCAAACACCGUCACCAAGGCUUUUGAGGUACAAAUGUAAAUUGCAGUAGGCUACUGACAUUGUUUCUCUGAAGAUUAUACAUCGCCAAGGCAUUAUGAUUGUUGUUCUAGUUGUUGUUACAUUCAGAUACCACGACUUUAUCUGCAAGGUUGUCUGCUUCAAAAAGAGUCAGUCAGUCACUGCAUCUUAACAUGUGCAUUACUUUGGCAGACCCUGAAUUGCUUGAUUUAGUUCAGUGAUUGUUAUUUGCUCAGAUUUCCUGGUUGUUAAUGGGCUGUUGUAAGCUAGAGAUGGGCCUGCUCCUGAGCAGUGGCCAAGCUGUGCAGGCGGGGAGACACCCAGGCUGGCUGCUGAGAGACAUUCCACUACUGUUACGACUAAAUGCAUGAGUUCCAAGUCUUAUGUACUUAUUAUCAUUUUAUUCGAGUUUCCGUUAGUAUUUUAUCAUUUUGUAUAUUUUUUCUUUUUAUAUUUAUUUGAGGAAAACACUGACAUUUUAGCUCAUGGAAUACACAAGUGAUGAGCAAAGUCAUUGUAUGAAGCAGAAUCGCUUUUGCUUUCAGAGGUGUCAUGGAGUAUUUAUUUUUGCAAGAUUGCAUAAAUGAGAGUUUGUUCAUGUUAAUGAAGUCAAAUUUGCACAGAUUGUUUCACUGCUGAAUGUGUACUGCAAUAGAGAUGUAUGUUGUAUUUGUAAAUACAUAUACAUAGAUUUAUAUAUACAUGAAAUAUAUAUAUACACAUAUAUAUAUAUUUGUCAUACCAUAUUGGUAAUGAAAGCAUGGUUAGUUAUAGAUAAGGUGUUCUUAUGAGGGGUGAUGAUAAUGAUGAGUACGAUUUUUUUACAAUAACCAGUAUUUUCAGUACUAUUCAAUGAUGAGUAUGUUUCCGUGACCCGGGGCCGCCAGUGCUGCAGGAAAAUUCAAAAUGGCUGUAGUUGUAUGUUUUCUAUGUUUGGUGUCAGUUUGAUGGUUUUUACUGCCAUGUCUAUGAAAAUAUUCUCCUGCCUAUAUCUAUUGCCUGGCCAGGCCUCCCCCUUGGUCCUUCCCUCCUUUCUACUGUGCAUCCCAACCAGUGCAAUACAAGCCGAUAAUUAACAAUACCUCAUAGAUUAGCACUCAGCCAUCUGACGAAACAGUUGUUGCUGGACGACAGCACGUCUCAGAACGAGGCCUUUGUUGCACUUCAUAAAUAAUUGUUGCCACCUCACGAGACCUGCAGUAAACGGAAAGGUUCAGGAGUUUUCUCAUUUUAACUUAUUUAAUGCUACAAGGGUACUGGUCCACCUCAAUAUGUAUAUUGGGAAAAUGAAUAUAUUGUUUAUACACUUGUAAAUACCCAGUCAUGUUUUUUUUAUUAAGUUACCUAAUUUUAAAAGGAUGGAGGUUCUGCUUAGUAAUGAGUCUGUGUUUGACUGUAAAAAAGUAGUUUUAUUCAGCAAAAGAGGAAUUUGCAUCAAUUAUGAGAACUGACAUCACUUGUAAGUUUUUAUAUAUAUUUUGUUAAAUAAUGAGUAACUUUCCACUCCUCUGUCCUGGUGAUUGUCCAGGAGUUCCCUCACUGAAGUGAACAUUCAAAGGAGGUGACUGUUUAUUGCUAUUUCAUAACAAGCAGACUUCACCAUGAAUUCCAUAAACUCAUAUCAUAUCAUACUGUGUGUGGACCUCAUGGGUGUUGUCUCAGACAACGGUGGAUGAAUAUUGCCACUGUUUCUUCCUCUAUUUCUGUACAUUAUUUCUAGCAUCACCACAUUCAUGUUGUUUUUACUGUAUCUCAUCUCUCUGUGUCCCUGUCACUGUUAUCCUCCUGCACUCUUGUACCAUUGCACAAUUGCUUAUGCAGGUGACUUAGGAUCUGCUACCUAGCCCCCCAGUUUUUUGUAGCACUGAUCAGUGUAGUCGUAGCACUGCUGCUUCUGCACUCGUCCUUCUUUGACAGGCGUCCUAUGUCAUGCACAAUGCUCAAAGGUGUAGCAAGUACAGAUGUGUUGUUAGGCUCCUUCGUUGUCAGUACCCAGGAGAGGAGGAAGCAAGUCCCUGUCGUGAGGUGGUACUGCUUCAGUGCACACUCUUGGUUAUGUUUCUUCCUGCAUCCUUUGUUAGUUUGGAUGUAGAUAUUUUAUGAUUUUGUGCAUACACCAUCAUCCUAGCUGACUUGCCAUAUCCUUUUGCACCGAGGUCAGUCAUUGUAAAAGGUCGUGUUUUCACCACCACCUCCUGAUUGAUACAUUCCUUAUACUUUCUGUGAUAAACCCUCAUGAGUCGAGCCAUUUCUUUCAGGGCAAAGAGACAAGACCAGGACCUACCAUUGUUAUAUUCUUGAUUACCUUUUAUGAGUGCCAUGCAAGGAAAGACAUAGUUGACAUUAUGCAAAUUACAGGCUUACUUGGCAUUCUGUACAAACAAGUGUUUGGUAUGUGGUUUACUAAGAAAAUAUUGUAUGAGAUUGAGUGUCCAUUGUUUAAUAUUUGCCUUCAUCUUACUUCAUUUGAUGCCUCAACUUGCUAUGACUUGUCAGCACUAUAGAUUAACCUUAUAUAAGCUCAGAUGGUAAGAAAUUCACUAUGGCACGUUGAAAGUAUUCAGAAUAAUCAAAAGCUCUGUGAGGCAUCACCGACUAAAUUUGUUAAAUCCAUAAUUUUAUUUUUGCCAACUUUUUGUAAAAAGUUCUCAAGAAGUUUAUUUUCUCACGCAAUGUACAUAUAUGAUACAGGGAGAUAGCGGUGGUGACAAGGAGUUUCUCUGAAUAACAAAACGUAGCUACCCUCGAGUGUUUAUCUGUACCAGCAGAGGGAGCCUCGUCUUGGCCCACUGUUCAAUGUCUUGUGAAUACCGUGAGGGGUGUUACUCCUGUACUGGAUGUGUAUAGUGACCUCUUGUUUCUUCUUGCACAAUAAAAUGUAACCAAGCACAGUUUCCACUAGCAGUUCAUAGAGGAGUGAGACAAGCAAAAGGUAACAGUGGAUUUCCUUGUGCCUCGGAAGGGAGGGUGGGAAUUGCUUGAAGCUGUGAUUGUGAUGUGCUUGUGGUGAUGGUGGGGUCCUGCGCCCUGUCAGUCUUAUGGUGAAUUCCUAUUAAACGAUGUACAGUAGACUUUAAGGGGUAGUCAUGUCCACUAAAUAUACAUAUAUAUAUAUUCUGUUGAUGAAAA